GGAUUCUGAGGAGCUCGCUCGCCCCGCCCCCUAGCAAUCUGCUUUCUCCCGCCGUGCCUUGCGGCGGGAGCUGGCCGUGUCGUGAUUCCCCCGUCGUGCUCCGCGUCCCGUCCCGUCCAGCAGGGCGAACGGCGCAAGAUGGCUGCGGCGCAAGGCGGAGGCCCGGGUUCAGAGGCGGCAGGGCCGGGCGGAGUGAAUGUCUUCGCCAACGAUGGUUCCUUCCUGGAGCUCUUCAAGCGGCGCAUGGAGGAGGCUGCUGCGGCGGGAGGGAGAAGUGGCGCGGGGGGAGCUGGGACCGAGAAACAGAAAGAGAGCGAACCGCGGCCGGAGCCGCCCAGAGAGCAGGAGCCGCCGGGAAAGAAGCGGAGCGGGAGCGCCCUCAGCUUCGUGGGCAAGCGGAGAGGGGGCAGCAAGCUAGCCCUGAAGACAGGAGUGGUAGCCAAGAAACACAAGACAGAGGAUGAGGUUUUGACAAGUAAAGGAGAUGCAUGGGCCAAAUAUAUGGCUGAAGUGAAAAAGUACAAAGCCCACCAAUGCAGUGAUGAUGAUAAAACCCGCCCUUUGGUGAAAUAACUUUCAGCUCCAGCCUGGACAAUCUGGUGUACCUAAUUAUUUAAAAUGUCGAAGGAGAGUAGCUCUGCCCUACAGACUGAAUGUUGCCAUGGCAGCAGGUGACUUGCCAUACUUUUAUAUCUGGGAACUUAGAGCCUCCUUCAUUGGGUUGACUUAUUGUUUUCCUUUUCUUUCUUCUGAGAACUAAGAACUUUGACUUAGUUGCAGGACUCUCUCUCUUUUUAAUUUGUAAUCCAUCCCUCAAAUAGUGGAAUUGGUCUGAUAUGUGUUUCCCUGAAUCACCAGGCAACAGAACUUGCCCUCAAAGUAGUUCAGCACUGAGCCUUUGUUUGUUUCUAAUACACCUGAAAAUUUCACCAUUGGAUAAGCCAAGUGGUUUCAUCUUUGCCAAAUCCAUUGUCUCUUGCUAUUGAAAGUGAACUUAAAUGCAGCUAUAACUAACCAAUCUACUACUUCAGACAGUAAUCCCAGAGCAUCUUUUUCUGUAGAUGAUAAAUAAUGAAUGGUGCUGAGUUUCUUAGUAUGCUUAGCAUCUGGCAGUUUUGUGACAGCAUUUCUGCUCUUUUUUCUUCCAUUCUCACUGUAGUACUGCAGUGAGUUAUGUGGUUUCAUUCUGAAUUCUAAUUGCUGCUGCUUAAGCCUUUUCCUAUGCAUGUUUCAGUCCAGCACUGGGGAUUAGUCUGUGCCUAUUUGCUAGCUAGAAAGGUAGAAACUUGGUCUGCACUUAGACCAAGUACAAUUAAUGUAUUGGAGAAAAACUGGUUACAAUUACUACAAACUUGCCUAGGACAAAUGGAACUCUAGAUAUCAUGAUACUAGCCUGUUUGUCACUGUCCUGGGCUCUGUGGCCAGAGUUCUUGGCCUGUGAACACAGACCUAGGUCUGUGGCCAUUAGUUUAGCAAUAGACUGCUAUACACAGGGGACCUAUCUUGUUUUCUAUCUAUCUCUAAAUAUCCCAGUUGAACUCCUUACACUUGUCGCAAGGUAGUAUUCUAGAGUUGAAACUUAAAGCCUUCUUGCAAGUGAUGUGAAUUCUGUCGGUGUGAGUGGCUGGGCACAUCAACUUCAUAGAAAGGCCUGGAACAUUCCCAGCAAUUGGACUCACAUCAACAAUUGAGAGUACUGAUGAAACCUUUUAUACUCUGGCAUAUUUCUUCUGAUUUUUUGUUGAGGUGCAGUUAAGGCUCACUUUUGCAUCUUACCUUAUUUUGCCAUGUCCUUUUAAGAGAAGGGGUGCCUAUGUCAGGAAGAACUGGGGGGGGGGGGGGGAGAGAAACCUGAGUUGUGUUAAGCAUGUCAUAUUCACAGGGAAGAAUUUAUAUUUUGAAGAUAUACCAGCUGAGGUUAUACAUCACCAUCUAGGAGGGGCCUGACUGGGUGUUUAAUAAGUGUUCAUAAAAUGGCCUGUAGGCCAAAUGUCUUAUAUGUAAAUACCUUCUGUUCUAAAAUGUCACUGCUUUCUAUCAAUCAAUCUGACUGGCUUUGGCAAUUAUGUAGGACACUUAAAGAUGCUUGAAGUGGGUCCAGCAAUACUUUUGUUUAGUGUUACAUACCCAUGCUGGAAUUUCAACCAAGCUGAUUUUGUCAUAUGGGAGACAAUUUGCUGUUGAAAGCCUAAAGCAACUGUAAAGGUUUAAAUAUUCACUGGUAGUUAGUUACCAACCUGCUAUGAAGUGGUGGCAGUUUGCUUCCCUGUUCUAUGCUUGACCCAACUCCCUUUAUUGCUUUUGACCUUCACAGCCCAGCUUAGAGCACUGAUGAUCAUUCUUAAUACUAUUCUUUUUAAAAUAAAAUUCUGUUGUGGACAUUGA